AUGGGCCUUGCCAUUCGGCAAGGCCAACCAAGAGCUGAGCUAGGCACUUUGUGGUGGCAAGGGAGUUGGGCUGCUCGAGCUUUGGGAGAAGAGUGCCUUGGAGCUAGUCCUUCGGCAAAGACCCAUUUCUUCUUGCUCAACCCUUGCCAUUCGAUAAGGGUGCCUAGAGAAAUUUUGGCUAGCCCACGGGGUGGUUUGAGAGCUAGGGCCCUGUGCUUGAUCUACAUCCAAGGAGCUGGGCUGUUUGCGUGA